CUCAAUUUUGCUUUGUCACCUUAACAGGGAAGUAGGCAGGGCUGCACUCAUGAAGGGCUCUGGCUGUGCGUAGUUGAUGUUUUAAAGUUGUUUUAGCCCGUCGGUUCGGCCAGGUUCAUCGUCCAAUUCCUCGGCUAUCCUCUCGUUACAGGACUCAGAAAAUGAGCAACAUCCCCCUCUCUCGCUCUGAGGUGUUCGGGGAGCUGAGGAAGGAGUUGCAUGAGGAUGAGGAGUUCCGACAGUCAGAUGCUCACAUCUUCAUCAUCAUGGGAGCAUCGGGGGAUCUAGCUAAGAAGAAAAUCUACCCAACUCUAUGGUGGUUGUUCAGAGAUGGCCUCCUCCCUGAGCAGACAUAUUUUGUGGGCUUUGCGCGCUCCAACUUAACAGUGGAUGCCAUCCGGGCCGCAUGCAUGCCCUACCUGAAGGUGACAGAGUCGGAGGCAGAUAGGCUGUCGACAUUCUUCAGCAGGAACUCGUAUGUCAGUGGGGUAUACGCAGAUGAGAGUUCUUUUGCCAACCUUCACAAAGAGCUCCUAUCUCUGCCUGGAGGAACUGAGGCCAACCGGCUCUUUUACCUGGCACUGCCACCCACUGUCUACCAUGAUGUUACCAAGAAUAUCAGACACCACUGUAUGAGCGCCAAAGGCUGGAACAGGAUAAUUGUAGAGAAGCCGUUUGGACGUGACCUGCAAAGCUCUGAAGAGCUGUCUGCCCACCUCUCCUCUCUCUUCACUGAGGAACAGAUCUACCGUAUAGAUCACUACCUGGGCAAGGAAAUGGUGCAGAACCUCAUGGUCCUCAGGUUUGGGAAUCGUAUCUUUGGGCCAAUCUGGAACAGGGACAGUGUGGCCUGUGUCGUCCUCACCUUCAAAGAGCCCUUUGGCACUCAGGGACGAGGAGGUUACUUUGACGAUUUUGGCAUCAUCCGCGAUGUCAUGCAAAACCACUUGCUCCAGAUGCUCUGCCUGGUUGCCAUGGAGAAACCAGCCUCCACCAGCUCCGAUGAUGUGAGGGAUGAAAAGGUGAAGGUGCUGAAGUGCAUCGCUCCGGUGUCCAUGUCAGAGGUGGUGUUGGGUCAGUAUGUGGGGGAUCCAGAGGGAGAAGGAGACGCCAAGCUGGGCUAUCUCGAUGACUCCACAGUUCCUAAAGGGUCAACCCAGGCCACCUUCGCCACAGCUGUGCUCUACGUGCAUAAUGAACGCUGGGAUGGUGUUCCUUUCAUCCUUCGCUGUGGGAAAGCCCUGAACGAGAGGAAAGCGGAAGUGCGGCUCCAGUUCACAGAUGUUCCAGGGGACAUUUUUGGGAAUCAGUGCCGCAGGAAUGAGCUGGUGGUGCGUGUCCAGCCAAAUGAGGCGGUCUACGCCAAGAUGAUGAGCAAGAAACCGGGGGUAUACUUCAGCCCUGAGGAGACUGAGCUGGAUCUCACCUACAAGAGCAGAUACAAGGAUGUGAAGCUUCCAGACGCGUAUGAGCGACUCAUCCUGGAUGUAUUCUGUGGGAGUCAGAUGCACUUUGUGCGCAGUGACGAGCUGAGGGAAGCAUGGAGGAUCUUUACACCUCUUCUUCAUCAGAUCGAGAAAGAGAAACCUACACCCAUCCCGUACAAAUAUGGAAGCCGCGGCCCAACAGAAGCGGACGACCUCGCGAAGAGAGUUGGAUUCCGCUACGAAGGCACUUACAAAUGGGUCAACCCUCACAGACUGUGAGUGUGGAUGACAGAGGGGUGUAGGGGAAGAGUCAAGGGAUGGAUAGAGGGGUUGGGUGCAGCAGGGUCAUGAGCCGUGUCAUGUUCCAGUACUGGAGUGUCUUUGGGUCAGGAGGAGUUUCCACUGUGUGGAUGCAUCAGCAGUAAAGCAGUAGGAAAGACAGCAGUGUGGAAGAGUAGCGUUAGUCUCAGGUACUGCAAGAUUUGCUCUUCUGUUCCCUGUAGCCAGUUCAUCAGACCAUUUGAUCCAUCUUUAAAAUGCAAAGUAUUUACAUUGGUAUUGUGGGCUUAAGAUAAUGUUUUGGUGGUCGGAUCCAUCUGAAUGUCACAAAGAGAGGACCAAGUCAGUGAGAGAUGGAAUAUCUGAACAGAAGUAAGUUUAUCUGGAUGAAAUGUUUUCUGGUGAACUGGCUCCAUGAGUCACUGUCACCCAUCAGGUCAUAAGUCUUAAUUCAUCAGGAUGGUAAAAGGAAAAUAGCUGGUAUCAAAGAAGAGAGCAGGUACAGAGCACUCAGCAGUCGCGCCCACUUACUGUUACUUCUGUACCAAAGAUUGGUCAACUCUGAACACAGCAAAGACAACGAACAAAAACAGACAAGGAAUGAUUGUCCACCAGCUGUCACUAUUACUUUAUAACCAAUAUGAUUGUAACACUUCUAUGCUUUGACUGCAUUACUAGUCAUAAUUAAUGAAAUUUCUUUCUGCAACUUAUGUACCCUUUUUGCCUCUCCCACCUGGGACCAAGGAAAUCAUAUUUGUGCAAGAUAGACAGAUGUACUGGCUGUGUGGUUUACAAAGGUGAAAGCGUUUUCAUUUGCAGGCUGUUCCUCUUCAAAGCAUUCAUACUAGAAUAGUCUUAAGUGUACUUAAGCACAAGAAAAGCGAGCUCUGUCUUGUUAGCCUCCUUUUUGGCGUUUCAUUCCUUUUUGUUUACAUUUUUUCCAGGUAUAUUUAAGUUACUGAUAUUCAUUCCAACUUUCAAAUAUUUAGACAGCAGCAGUGUAUGCAAGAGUUGUCAGACAUAGUUUCUUUGUAGAUGUAUAGUUGUUGGCUGCUCUGACAUAGUUAUGUUAUUUCCAAAAUCUGCAAUAAACAUUUGUUUCGCUGCUCUGUA